UUUUCAUUAAGUAAUGUAGUUACUAAUCUUUAUCAGAUUAUUAAUUCAGUAAUUGGUGCAUUAUUAGAAGACUUACAAAAAGGUCAAAAAACUGCUCAAUGGCUUUAUGAAUUUUUUCAAGCAGAUUAUGUUUUAGUUUCAGAGAUUACUAUGCAAGUAUAUGCAAUUAUUGAAUUUAUUACAACUGAUUUUAUUG